UACUGUUUUUUUUGACGACGCGAUAAAAGUUUACUUAACCGAUACAAGGGAAAGCAAAUUGUAUUUGGAGUGUAGGCGUCAAAGGAGAAAAAUGGCGACUACAAUACCGAAUCUAAAGUUUAUUGUUAAUGUGAUAUUCUUAUUUUUGGUAACGCACACCCAUCCAUCUUUACCAAAUGAAUACAGCGGCCUUCUUUCGAACCUUUAUAAAAAGGCUUCCGACCAGAAUCGCCCAUUGAUUCUAGUUUUGGACAACAACGCAAAUCGUGGUCAAAACUCGAGAAGCCAAAACAACGACAGAUCGAAUAGAUAUGAAUCCAAUAGUAACAGAAAUAAUUAUAAAUCAAAUAACAAUCAGGAUAGGAAUGACGUCAGUUACGAAGAGACUCGUAACAACGAUGAAACUCCAUUCCUCUAUCUCCACCAAUUGUCGCAGCAGGCAAACGACAAAAUCUCACCAAUCAACAAACAGAAAUCCAACAACCACUACAACUCACGAAAUGACAGAAACAGCAACAAUCGGGGUAACAAUAGGGGGGACCGCCAUAGGGGAAGAAAUAAUAGGGGUCAGAAUGAAAGGGGCGCCUCCGAUUAUGAUAACAGAAAUAACAACAGAGGUGAUAACUAUAACAGAGGAAGCAACAGAGGCAACAGUGAAUCUAGGAGCAAUUACAGGGGCAAUUCCAAUAAUAGAGGCAAUUACAGGAGCAAUUAUAACAGAGGCAAUAAUAGGGGUAAUUAUAGGGCUAAUUCUGACAGGGGUAACUACAAGAGCAACAGAGGAUACUCUAAUAAUAGAGCUAGUUUCGUAAAUAAUCAUGAGUACACUGUUAAGAACUUGGGAGACAACAACAACAGGUUAGACAACAACGACAACAACAGGGGAGAUUACAACAACAACAACAGAGGAGACAACAACUACAAUAGAGGCUCCAACAGAGGCGACAAUGACUACGGAAACAACAACAACAACAAUAGAGCUAGCAGCAACAACAGAGGGGAUAACAACAACAAUAACAGGGGAGAUAACUACAACAGAGGAGACAACAACAACAAUAACAACAGGGUAGAUAACAACAAUAGGGGAGAUAACUACAAUAACAAUAACAACAGGGGAGAUAACUACAACAAUAAUAACAGGGGAGAUAACAACAACAACAACAGGGGAGAUAACUACAAUAACAACAGGGUAGAUAACAACAAUAGGGGAGAUAACAACAAUAGGGGAGAUAACUACAAUAACAAUAACAACAGGGGAGAUAACUACAACAGAGGAGACAACAACAACAAUAAUAACAGGGGAGAUAACAACAAUAGGGGAGAUAACAACAAUAACAACAGGGGAGAUAACAAUAACAGAGGAGAUAAUUACUAUGUCAGAGGCUCCAAUAGAGGAGACAACGACUACGGAAAUAAUAACAACAACAACAACAAUAGGGCUAGCAACAACAACAGGGGAUAUUACAACAACAGGUUAGAUAAUAACAAUAGGGGUGACAACAACAAUAACAGAGGAGACAACAACGACAGUGCUGACAACAACAACAGGGAAGACAAUAACAACAACAACAAUAGGGCUAGCAACAAUUACAACAACAGGGGAGACAACAACAACAACAGGGGAGACUACAACAACAACAAUAGGGGAGCUAACAAUAACAACAACUACAAUAGAGGCAAUAACAGAGGCAACAAUGAUUAUGACAACAAUAACAGGGGAAACUAUAACAACAACAAUAGGGGAGAUAAUAAUAACAGAUUAGACAACAAUAACAACAACUACAAUAGAGGUAACAAUGAUUACGGAAACAACAACAACAAUAAUAGGGCUAGCAACAACAACAAUUACAACAGGGGAAACAAUAACAACAGAGGACUCGUAAACUAUGUCAGAAACUCCAACAGAGGCGACAACAACUACGGAAACAACAACAACAGAGGAGAUAACAACAAUAACUACAACAACAGGGGAGACAGCAACAACAAUAACUACAAUAGAGGUGAUAACGAUUACAGCAACAACAACAACAGGGGAGAUAAUAAUAACAACAACAAUUACAGCAAUAGGGCCAACAACAAUAACAACAACAGGGGAGACAAUGACAACAACAACAGGGGAAAUAACAACAGCAAUAAUAACAGAUUAGACAACAACUACAAUAGAGGCGACAAUGACUACGGAAACAACAACAACAGAGCCAACAACAACAACAACAACAAUAAUUACAGCAAUCGGGCUAACAACAAUAACAACAACAGGGGAGACAAUGACAACAACAAUAACUACAAUAGAGGCUCCAAUUAUUACGGAAACAACAACAACAAUAAUAGGGGAGAUAACAACAACAACAACUACAACAACAAUAGAGCCAACAACAAUAACAACAACAGGGGAGACAAUGACAACAGUGCCGAAAACAAUAACAGGGUAGACAAUAACAACAGGGGUAACAACAACAACUACAACAGAGGCAACAAUGAUUACGGAAACAACAACAACAACAAUAGGGCUAGCAACAACAACUACAACAGGGGAAACAGUAACAACAGAGGACUCGUAAACUAUGUCAGAAACUCCAACAGAGGCGACAACAACUACGGAAACAACAACAACAACAACAGAGGAGACAACAAUUACGGAAACAACAACAACAGGGGUGACAACAAUAACAAUAACUAUAGCAAUAGGGCCAACAACAAUAACAACAGAGGAGACAACAACAACAACAACAAUAGGGGAGAUAACAAUAACUAUAACAACAGGGGAGACAACUACAACUACAAUAGAGGCGACAAUGACUACGGAAACAACAACAACAGAGGAGAUAACAACAACAACUACAACAAUAGGGCCAACAACAAUUACAACAACAGGGCAGACAAUGACAACAGUGCCGAAAACUAUAAUAGAGUAGACAAUAACAACAGAGGUAACAACAACGAUAACAACUCUAAUAGAGGAGACUACAACAACAACAACAGAGGAGAUAACAACAACAGAUUAGACAACAAUAACAAUAACUACAAUAGAGGCUCCAAUAGGGGAGACAAUGAUUACGGAAACAACAACAACAAUAACAGGGGAGAUAAUAACAACUACAACAACCGGGCCAACAACAAUAACUACAAUAAUCGGGCCAACAACAACAACAAUUACAACAGGGGAAACAAUAACAACAGGGGCCUCGUAAACUAUGUCAGAAACUCGAACAGAGGCGACAACAACUACGGAAACAAUAACAACAACAACAGAGAAGACAACAACAGCAACAACAGGGGAGACAACAGCAAUAACUACAAUAGAGGCUCCAAUGAUAACAAUAACAACUACAACUACAACAAUAGGGCCAACAACAACAACAACAGGGGAGACAAUGACAACAGUGCUGAAAGCAAUAACAGGGUAGACAAUAACAACAGGGGUAACAACAACAACUACAAUAGAGGCAACAACAGAGGAGAUAAUAACUAUGGAAACAAUAACAACAACAACAGGGGAGACAACAACAACAACAGGGGAGAUAACAAUAACAACAACAACUACAGCAAUAGGGCCAAUAACAACAACAACAGGGGAGACAAUGACAACAGUGCUGAAAACAAUAAUAGAGUAGACAAUAACAACAGGGGUAACAACAACAACUACAACAAUUAUAACAGAGGAGACAAUGAUAGGGCUAGCAACAACAACAAUAGGGGAGAUAACAACAACAACAACUACAAUAGAGGCAACAACAGAGGCAACAAUGACUAUAAUAACAAUAACAGGGGGGAUAACAACAACAGAGCUAACAACAAUAGGGGAGAUAACAAUAACAGAUUAAACAACAACAACAGGGGAAAUAAUUAUAAUAACUAUGUCAGAGGUUCCAACAGAGGAGACAACGACUACGGAAAUAAUAACAACAACAACAGAGGAGAUAACAACAACAACUACAGCAAUAGGGCCAAUAACAAUAACAACAACAGGGGAGACAACGACAACAACAACAGGGGAGAUAACAAUAACAAUAACAACAACUACAACAGAGGAGAUAACAACAACUACAAUAGAGGCUCCAAUUAUUACGGAAACAACAACAACAGAGGGGAUAACAACAACAACUACAGCAAUAGGGCCAAUAACAAUAACAACAACUACAAUAGAGGCUCCAACAGAGGAAACAAUGACUAUGAAAACAACAAUAGGGCCAACAACAACUACAACAACAGGGGAGACAGCAACAACAAUAACAACAACAACAGGGAAGACUACAAUAAUAGGGGAGAUAACAACAACUACAACAAUCGGGCCAACAAUAAUAACUACAACAAUCGGGCCAACAACAAUAACUACAACAAUCGGGCCAAUAACAACAACAAUUACAACAGGGGAAACAAUAAUAACAGAGGACUUGUAAACUAUGUCAGAAACUCCAACAGAGGCGACAACAACUACGGAAACAAUAACAACAACAACAGAGGAGACAAGAACAAUAACUACAACAACAGGGGAGACAACAACAACAAUAAUUACAAUAGAGGUGAUAACGACUACGAAAACAACAAUAACAGGGGAGAUAACAAUAACAACAACAACUAUAACAACAACAACUACAGCAAUAGGGCCAACAACAAUAACAACAGAGGAGACAACAACAACAACAGAGGCAACAAUGAUUACGGAAACAACAACAAUAGGGCUAACAACAAUUACUAUAACAGGGGUGACAACAACAACAACAACAACUACUACAACAAUAGGGCCAACAACGAUAACAACAACAGGGGAGACAAUGACAACAGUGCCGAAAACAAUAACAGGGUAGACAAUAACAACAGGGGUAACAACAACAACUACAAUAGAGGUGACAAUUAUUAUGGAAACAAUAACAAUAAUAAUAGGGGUGAUAACAACAAUUACAACAAUAGGGCGAACAACAACAACAACAGGGCUAGCAACAACCGAGGCGACUAUAACAGCAACAACAACAAUAGAGCUAACAACAACAAUAACAACAGGGGCCUCGUAAACUAUGUCAGAAACUCCAACAGAGGCGACAACAACUACGGUAGCAACAACAACAAUAACAGAGGAGAUAACAACAACAACUACAGGGGAGAUAACAACAACAAUAACUACAACAACAGGGCCAACAACAAUAACUACAACAGGGGAGACAAUGACAACAACAACAGGGGAGACGACAACAAUAACUACAAUAGAGGCUCCAAUGAUAACAAUAACAACUACUACUACAACAAUAGGGCCAACAACAACAACAGGGGAGACAAUGACAACAGUGCUGAAAACAAUAACAGGUUAGACAAUAACAACAGGGGUAACAACAACGACAACAACAAUUACAAUAGAGGCAACAACAGAGGAGAUAAUGACUAUGGAAGCAAUAACAACAACAAUAGGGGAGACAACAACAACAACAACAACAGAGGAGACAACAAUAAUAACAACUACAACAACCGGGGAGACAAUAACAACAGGUUAGACAACAACAACAACAACAAUAGGGGAGACAACAACAACCGAGGUGAUAACAACAACAACAACUACAACAACAGAGGAGACAAUAACAACAACUACAACAACAGGGGAGACAGCAACAACAGAGGUGACAACUACAACAACAGGUUAGACAACAAUAACAACAAUAGAGGUGAUAACAACAACAACAACAACAACUACAACAACAGAGGAGACAAUAAUAAUAGGUUAGAUAACAAUAACAACAACAACAGAGGAGACAACAAUAACAACAACAGAGGUGAUAACAACAACAACAACUACAACAACAGGGGAGACAAUAAUAAUGGUGAUAUCUUGAAAUCACCACUUGUGAAAACUCUUAUGGCAAUAUCUAAUGAUUUGAGACAGGGCUAUGACUCGUGUGGUGAUGAAAUACCGACCACACCUAGUGAGGUUGAUGAUGAGGACAAUUGUGAGGACUCAGGAAACUCUUGUGAUGGUGAUGAUGAAGGCAACGGCAACCCUAGCACCAGAGGAGAACUUCAUUUAAAUGGGAAUAAUUACUAAACAUUAUUUUGGUCCGUUUAUUAUUAUAGAAUAUAUUGAUUGAGUAUUUUAA